AUGAACGAAAAAUUACCGGCUAAUGCACAGCAAGAGCAGAGAACGGCAGCCACCGUACCGAUGCUCUCCUUGCUUUUUUCUUACUACAAUCACCGACCGUCAAUCCAACGACGCGAAAGGGAGAGCAGGAGCCCCGGUGGUCUCGACGGCGAGCCUAGACAUUUCGUUUCGCGACGUUCGUUUCCGGACGAAACGAUGUUUCAAUUAGGUAUACCGGGAAUCGGUCGUCGGCAUUUACAUGUCUGUCUGACAUUGGUGAUCUGCGCGUUGUGGAUCGUCACGAUCGACGUCGCCACUGCGGAAAACGCCAAGGACGCGUGGACGGGAUUCUCGACAUCGUGCGUGACGGACGAUCCGAAGAACGCGUCGGUUUCUUGUCACGGAGUGCGUAUCGUUCGGAAGGUCGUACAGCAAUUAUUGGAGAACACCGUCAAGGAACGGGACAUCGAGCUGUUCGAUGGCAUAUCCUUGGUCGAGGUACCCGGCUCCCUUCGGAAAGCCAAAGUGUUGAAAGGCUUCGGAGGCCUCGGGCCCUUCAUGCAGUUUCUGGAGGGUAGAGAACUCAGAGUCAAGCUGCCAUCUUUGUUCCCUUCGAACAUGGAGACUGCGUUGAAGGAGAGUUUGCCUUCCGAUUUUGAAGCAAGAAAGAGUGGAGGAUUCGGCGGUGGCGGUGGCGGUGGUGGUAAGAAAGGCGGCGGCGGCUUGAUGAUAAUGGCUCUUAUGAUGGGUAAAAUGAUGGCCGCUAUGGGUUUCGGCGCGUUAGGUCUUUUAUCCAUGAAAGCGUUAAUGGUUUCGGCCAUGGCUUUAAUGCUGUCACUAAUCAUAGCUGUGAAAAAACUAGCGAGUGGUGGUGAAGAUCACGGUGGUCAUCACGUCGUUUACGCGCAAGAAGUUGGUCAUCAUCAUCGCAAAAAGAGAUCAAUCGAGGAUGACGAUCCCACGCUCUUGCCUUAUAGAGGAUACGCCAAUCUUUACGCUAAUUUGCGAACAUCUUGAUACUCUUGUUAAUUGCAGUAAUUUUCGCAAUCGCGAAACUGGAUUGAUUCACGAGCUUAUUAACUCUCCUGUCGUUAUUAAAACUUUAUUCAGAUAGACACAGCUAGACAUACCACGUUAACAGCGGUGCAUUGAUAUUUAAGUUAAUUUGCAUUUUAGUCACACCAUCAUUGUCACCCUUCAUCAUCGUCUCUCAUUCAUUUAGCACAA